AGGGACUUGAAGAAGGCGUUGGGUCUGCCGGCGGCCACUUCUUUCAAGCACGUGAGUCCCGCCGGCGCCGCCAUCGCUGUCCCCCUAAACAAAGAGCAGUUGAAGUUAUGUAUGGUUGAGGACUUGGAGAACGAGUUGACCCCAAUCUCCACCGCUUACGCCAGAGCCCGAGGAGCCGACAGAAUGUCAUCGUUCGGCGAUUUUAUCGCUUUGUCCGACACUUGCGAUGUGACCACCGCUAAGAUUAUAUCCCGAGAAGUGUCCGACGGAAUCAUUGCUCCGGCGUUUGAACCCAAGGCUCUCGAGAUACUGAAGAAGAAGAAGAACGGGUCUUAUUGUGUUCUUCAGAUCGAUCCCAACUAUGAGUCACAGAAUCUCGAAACUCGAACUCUGUUUGGUCUGACAUUAGAGCAGAAGAAAAACGACGCUCUGAUUGACAGGAAGUUGUUUUCGGGCACUAAUGUCGUCGCGACCUCUAAACCAUUAACUGAAGAGGCGGUCAGAGAUCUAAUUGUGGCGACAAUUGCCCUGAAAUACACGCAAUCAAACUCUGUUUGCUAUGCAAGAGAUGGUCAAGUGAUUGGUAUCGGCGCCGGACAACAGUCUCGCAUCCAUUGCACGCGUUUGGCCGGCGAUAAGGCCAACAACUGGUGGCUCCGACAG